AGCGUAAAAAAAUGGCUGCAAAGAGCCAAAACAAGCCAAACUAUCACCAAAUUCACAAUCUCUCUACCGUUGUUCCACAGCCUCAAGCAAUGCGAGCUGGAGCCCGACCUUUGGCACCUUCCAAAGGUUCAACCUUUCCCCCUCCUUCCCACCGCCACACGCCCUCAUCCAAAGGCCGCCCUUCCCUUCCUUCUUCUCUACAAAACCUCUUCCUUCCACUCCCCUCAAGAAACAAAAUCCUCCCCUGUUUCUCUGAUCUUGAAUCCUCUGCCACCUGACGAAAAAUUCCCACAUGUCAUCAUUUUCCCCCAAGUUCCUCACCCCACCGCUGCCCAGAUGCCGCGCCUCCAGCAGGCAGAAACCCAACAGGCUCUUUGCGGCCGUCAGCCCGCCUGCCACGGCGGCGCCGGCGGAGGUGGAAGCGGCGAGGCUGGAGCCGAGGGUGGAAGAAAGAGCAGGGUAUUGGGUACUGAAGGAGAAGUUUCGACAGGGGAUUAACCCACAGGAGAAAGUGAAGCUGGAGAAAGAACCCAUGAAGCUUGUCACCGAGAAUGGGAUGGAAGAGCUUGCCAAGUUGACCAUGGAGAACAUUGACAGCAACAAGCUGAACAAAGACGAUGUUGAUGUUCGACUCAAAUGGCUCGGCCUCUUCCAUAGAAGGAAGCAUCAGUAUGGCCGAUUCAUGAUGAGACUAAAGCUGCCGAAUGGGGUGACAACGAGCGAGCAGACAAGGUACCUGGCGAGCGUGAUCAGAAAGUACGGCAAAGAAGGCUGCGCCGACGUGACCACAAGGCAGAACUGGCAGAUUCGCGGCGUUGUACUGCCGGAUGUGCCGGAGAUACUCCAAGGCCUGGCCGGAGUUGGGUUGACGAGCUUACAGAGUGGGAUGGACAAUGUCAGGAACCCAGUCGGCAAUCCGCUCGCCGGAAUCGACCCAGAUGAGAUCGUCGACACCAGGGCCUACACCAACCUGCUGUCUCAGUUCAUCACCGCCAAUUCCGCCGGCAAUCUUGCCCUCACUAAUUUGCCAAGGAAGUGGAAUGUAUGUGUUGUGGGUUCUCAUGAUCUGUAUGAACAUCCACACAUCAACGAUCUAGCUUACAUGCCGGCUACCAAAGAUGGAAGAUUUGGAUUCAAUUUACUAGUGGGUGGAUUCUUUAGUCCCAAGAGGUGCGAGGAAGCGAUUCCUCUUGAUGCUUGGGUGUCAGGGGACGAUGUCAUUCCGCUAUGUAAAGCCGUGUUGGAAGCAUUCAGGGAUCUGGGGACUCGAGGAAACCGACAGAAGACGAGGAUGAUGUGGCUGAUCGACGAACUCGGGAUUGAACGAUUUAGGGCAGAGGUGGAGAAAAGAAUGCCAAAUCGAGAGUUGGAGCGAUCAUCUCCAGAGGAGCUGGUCGAGAAGAAGUGGGAGAGAAGAGAUUACUUGGGAGUCCAUCCACAGAAGCAACAAGGUCUAAGCUACAUAGGUCUUCACAUCCCAGUAGGAAGACUCCAAGCUGAUGAGAUGGACAGCCUAGCUCGGCUGGCUGACGAAUACGGCACCGGGGAGCUCCGCCUCACGGUGGAGCAAAAUAUUGUCAUACCGAACAUCGAGAACUCGAAGAUCGAGUCCUUGCUGAAAGAGCCUUUACUGACUGAGAGGUUUUCCUCCGAGCCCCCAAUCCUGAUGAAAGGGCUGGUGGCGUGCACGGGGAGCCAGUUUUGCGGGCAGGGGAUCAUCGAGACGAAGGCGAGAGCGUUGAAGGUGACGGAGGAGGUGGGGAGGCUCGUGUCGGUGGACCGACCGGUGAGGAUGCAUUGGACCGGGUGCCCCAACACUUGCGGGCAGGUUCAGGUUGCGGAUAUCGGGUUCAUGGGGUGCAUGGCUCGGGAUGAGAACGGGAAGACCUGUGAAGGUGCGGAUGUUUACUUGGGUGGCAAGAUUGGGAGCGAUUCACAUUUGGGGGAAAUUUACAAGAAGAGUGUGCCUUGCAAGGAUUUGGUGCUGGUUGUUGUGAACAUUUUGGUUGAGAAAUUUGGUGGGGUUCUUAGGGAGAGGGAGGAAGCUGAAGAUUAGUGGUGAGACAUAUAUUUGGUAACUACUAGUUGGAUUGCUUGAACGUUUGUUUAUGUAUACACGAAAUAAAGCUAAUUCAAAUUC